GUAGCUACCAAUAUUGUUAUUAUCAGUAUCUCGAUCACUUCCAUACCCUAAAACUUCGAUGUUACUGUCGCAACACCUCAUACUACAAAUCAUAUGCAACCGGUACCGCCUAAUACUGCUCUGUUGCCUGCCAGAUGUAAAACAGGAUAGUGGGGAGACGAACUACGCAAAAGCUUACCAAAGAACCAGAACCAUUAUCUCACUGCCAAGAAGUGGACCCAAAGGAGUUAAUCUUCUUUAUACUGACCGGUGAAGAGGAUACUCAGUGUUAGGUCGAAUAUUACAAAUCGGUACAAAAUUCGACAUUUGAAGGUCGAGUUGUUAAUUCCUGAUGGCUUCAUUUUAUGGAGACUGUGGUUGUUACGUGCGUAUUAGAAGUCGCAAAAUUCAAAUAUGAUUCCAGAUUUAUCGAAGUUAAUGACGUUUCGUAGUUUAAAAACAAUGUGUCGUCUAAUAUCAAGAGAUUUGCAAAAGAACUAUUCAACUGGCAAACCAAUUAGCUUAGCGAAACUGGAGAAUCUGCUUUAUGCAGGAGCUGGAAAAGUAGAAUUUUCCAAUCUUAUUAAGUCUGGAGUUGUUACAGAUUCAUGUCCUAUCAAGACUGUUUUCGUGAACCAAUUGGCCGCUAACAACCCUAUUGAAGACCGAUGGAAUGUCGGUUUAACAGAACAGAUGAAUGAUCCUGCAUCAAGUUGUUUAUUCACAGUACUUGAUGGUCAUUCAGGUACAGCAUGUGUACAUGCACUUGUAUGGAGUCUGUUAGAUUAUAUGUGCGCUUCUCUAAUGUUGAAUGACAAUCUUAAAAUAGCAUUGGAACAAUUACACUCGUGCGGUUUACAACAUCCCUAUCACUUACUUCAUCGUUUAGAUUUUAUUUCACCGAAAAAUGAUAAACAACAUUUGAAUAAUAUCGCUGGACCUCCAUCAAAACUUCUAUCAGCUUAUAUGCGUGGUUGUCUUAGACGUUAUAUGGAAGAUUUAUAUAAUAAACCUAAUCGAACUAUGGAUCCAGCUGAAUGUUUUAUUGAUGCUUUCAAGCGAAUUGAUGAUGAUUUAUGCUCAAUAAAUUUUCCAAAUAUACUUUUCGAUGGUCAAACUACACUGUUACCCUUUUCAUCUGACGAAAGCCUGAACAACUCUCUGAAUACCUCGUUAGCCCGUGAUUUAAUGCGUGUUAAUUUAAGCGGAUCUGUUGGCAUAGCUGGUUAUCUACAAUGGCAUGAUAAGCAGAGUAAUCGUCCAACUGAAUUAUAUCUAGCUAAUGUUGCAUCAAAUGUUGAAAUCGAUAAAGGAAAAGGUGAUAAAGUGUUGCUCACUCCAAUCAAAUGUACUAAAUCACAUAAUGGAAGUUGUAAUCCCGAUGAGAUAAAUCGUAUAGCUAAAGAGCAUCCCGAAAAUCCAAUUUCAGAAUUAUUCAGAGAAAAUGGACGUUUACUGGGUGAAAUAGCACCGUGUAGAUCAUUUGGUGAUGUUCGAUAUAAAUGGCCAUUAGAACGUUUACUUAAAUUAACCAGAUUUUUUGAAAUGGUUUCAUUAACAUUUAGUCGUGAAUGGUUACCGUUGCCUCGUCCGUAUACUAGUCCACCGUAUUUAACUGCUCUACCAGAAGUGACACGAAUUGAGAUUACACCUGAAGAUCGUUAUCUUAUCCUGGCUUCAGAUGGUCUAUGGGAUAUGCUGACUGUAGAACAAAUCGCUGUCCAACUAACCGACAUACUUGAAUUAAAGAAGAAUCAACAAGAACUCUUUUGUCCAGCUACACAACUUCUUUGGUCUACACUAACCAAUGUACCUGUACAAAUGUCUAGAGCAAUUCUACCCGGUUUAGACGAUAAAGAUCCUUUAUUUGAACAUUUACUCAAAACACCGAAUGCAAUUAGCAAACGCGUACAUCGUAAGGCGAUUACACGUGCAUUGAAGUUAUUAUCUUUACCGCCUGGUUUAGCACGUUACAAUCGUGAUGAUAUAACUGUACUAGUCUUUGAAUUCUCUUGA